AUGAGUAUGAAACGAGAGAUAACUUGUGUUCGUGAUGGUGAGAGAAUGCCUGAAUUCCAUCUUUCCCUAAGGCCACUCUUAAAAAAACAAACACAUGUUCUCACUGCCGGUAGGCGCCUCCGUGGGCGUCCUAUAGGAUCCAAGAACAAGCCAAAGAUACUUGGCGUAUUAACAGGUGACAACUGUAACACAUUCAAAUUUCACACAAUUAAGAUCAACGAUGGAGUUGACAUAUUGAAACGUUUACUUGAUUUUUCUAAGCGUCAAAAGAGGGCCAUUAGCAUCGUUACUGGAAAUGGAGUGGUGGAGAAAGCCAGGUUUCUUCAAUCAAAUGGAGGAAUUACAACUCUUCAUGGAACGUUUAAUAUUCUCUCUAUAUCUGGGAUAAUUAUACUAGCGCCCAAACUAGAGAGUGAAGCCAAAUUAGCAAUUUCUUUAUCGAUCUUGGAAGAAAAUGUUUUUGGGGGGAAUGUGAUUUCCCCUCUGAUAGCUUCGGGUUCAGUGGUAUUAAAAGUUAUUUCAUUUGAAAACACCAUAGUUGAAAAGCUUUCUUCAGCGGCCAAUGAUCAUAUCAAACCUGAACCAUGA